AUGGAACUAGAAUUAGAGCCGCCGAGAGUGGUUGUAGGCCCGGAGGACCCGUACGUGGUGAAGUUUAACACAACCGUCACCCUUUCCUGUUCCGUCUCCGGCGCCAAACCGAACAUCACCUCCCUGCACUGGCGGAAAAACGGCAUGUCGGUCAACACCCUCACGGCCAGCACAGCGCCGGGGUACCGCAAAUACCAGGGUGGAAGUGGCUCGGACCCGAACCUGCGCAUACGGAAUGCCGGGAAGGAUGACGCAGGCAUGUACACGUGCGUGGCCGAUCACGAGGCUCGGCAGGGCAGGGCUAGUCUCAAGUUAGAGGUGCUCUAUCCGCCGUCUAUUAUCCACAUCUCCGGUUCGCUCACCAUGGCGUCAGGAGACUCUGUCAAGCUGUACUGUCGGGCAGACGGCUACCCUAAACCGGUCAUCAGGUGGCUAAAAGAGGGCCUGCUGCUGCCGACUGACCUUCAAACGUCCACGGGAGAGGUCAGUAUGAUGACCUUGUCCAACCUCAACAUCAACGACAGCGGCCAGUACGCAUGCUCCGCCAGUAAUGACGUCGGCAGCGCAGACGCAAAGACGCUUCGGCUGACCGUGCAAGACAUGGUAGCCCGGCAAAGCACUGGGAAGAAAGGCAGCUCCACGCGUACGGCCAUCAUCGCUGGUGCCGUUGCGGGGGGUCUGUGGCUGCUCCUCUGUUUAGUCUUGUUGGGCAUCUGGUUGCGGCGCCGGAGGGAGAGGCGCAGAAAGCGCGCCCGGAGCCCGCCUUACUACUCCGUCGGUAUGAAGGAGUUCGACUACUUCCCCAGGGGGAGGCAGUCCAUUGACAAGGACAGCGGCGCCGUACGGUACCUGGCAGACUCGCACAGUGACAUGGGCGUUGCGGCGACCGUCCCGCUAGCCGUGGAGUACAGCAACAAACGGGACAACAGGAAAUCCGGGGACGGCGACUCAGUGACGUGGCGAAGGUUCGCGAAGGUCCUGUACAGUUACGUGCCGACAGACGAAGACGAGUUGCGGCUACAGUCCGGGGACGUGGUGGAGGUUCUGAAAGGGGAGGGGGGCGGCUGGUGGUAUGGCAAACUCAACGGCAAGGCCGGGCUCUUCCCUUCCAACUACGUGGAAAUCAUCAACCUCAACGAAACGCUCCGGCGAAAGGGCGCCAGUCCGCGGCCGAAGUCUCUCACACAGUCUCAGCUCGGUGUGGGCUGCAGAGGUGACGUCAGGGGUGACGUCAGCGACAACCAGAGUAACCUGAGCCGGGAGGUGCGCAGGGGCAGUCGGGAAGGCGAACUGCUCAGGGACGGGGGCAGGAGUUAACUUUCACAGCGCUAAGGACGGACGUAACUUUCACAAAGCUAUGGACGGGCUCAGGACGUAACCCUCACAACUCUAAGGACGGGCGUAACUCUCACCAAUCUACAAGCUAAUAAGGAAGGGCAUAGGAUAAGGACGGCAUCGGGACUUAACCCUCACAACGCUAAAGACGGCAUCAGGACUUAACUUCAUCAAGCUAAGGACUGGCUCAGCACGGGAUAAGGACUUAACUCUCAUUAAGCUGAGGACAGGCGAAGGACAAUGUAUCUGUCCUUGGUGCUGAACACCAUCCAAUCACAAGUUAACUCUCCCCAAUCUACAAGCUAAUAAGGACGGGCUUAGAACGGCAUUAGGACUUAACCUUUGUGAAACUAAGAGCGGGAUAACCACGCUAAGGACAGGCUUGUCUCUUCCCAAUCUGGAUGGGCUCGGGACUUAACCCUUUUGGAACUAAGGACGGGCUCCUCUCACAGCGCUAAGGACGGGCUUAGAACUUAACAAUCACUACGCUCAAGGACAGACUAGGGACUUGAACUCUCCACAACCUUUUCAACAUUAUG